AUGUCUGGUUCUGAGAAGCCUAUCUUUGUCUUUGUGCCCGGUGCAUGGCACACCGCGGAUACCUUCGAUGGUAUCCGGGAGAUGCUCUCCCAGAAGGGAUUCGAUACUGAGGCUGUUCCAACCCCAUCUGUUGGCGCAAUUCCUCCGAAUAAGGGUCUCCAUGCCGAUAUCGAAUUUACCAAGGAGUUCCUUCGGAAAUUGGCGGACAAGGGACGCCAGAUCGUCCUUGUCACACACUCGUAUGGUGGGAUGGUCGGAGCUAACGCCGUCGAGGGCCUUGGUUACUCUCAGCGCUCCAAGGCCGGUUCUUCCGGCGGAGUGAUCAUGGUUGUUUGGAUGGCAGCUUUCGUUACUCCCAAGGGUCAGUCCUUGCUCGAUAUGCUCGGCGGCAACUGGCUUCCCUGGAUGCUCCCCAAUGACGACGGCUAUACCUACUCGUCGCAGCAAGAGACCGUCUUUUAUCACGACAUGACACCUGAGGCCCAACAAAUGGCGAUUGCCAAGCUGAAAGGUCAACCCACACAAACCUUCUUGGAGAAAGUUGGAUAUGAGUGCUGGCACGAUAUGCCCAGUAUGUAUCUCUUCUGUGAUAAGGAUCAAGCCCUGCCUCUGGCCUUCCAGGAGGCGUUUGCUAAGGUUCUUGGCAACCCGGUCACUUUCCACACCGACGGUUCUCAUUCAGCCUUCUUGAGUGUGCCUGACCAGGUCAUUGAGGCGCUUGAGCUGGCAUUGAAGGAGGGUCGUGCCCAGAGUGGCAUCACUACUGAAUGA